GGUCCUCGCCCGCGGGGCAGGCUCCGUGCGGGGCAGGCCCCCUGCCCGCUCCCCCGGGGCCGGGCGGCGGGGCGGGGAAGAGCCUCCCGCGCGUGGGGCCGGCCCCGCGGAGCCGCUAUAAAGGCUUGGGCCAGCGGCGCGGCGGCCCGGAGCGGCUCCGCGCCAUGGCCAACGCCUCGCAGUGCCUGGAGGAGGGCGCCGGGCGCUGGCCGCCGCGGCCGCCCGGGCCCUACAGCGAGGCGCAGCGGCUGGCGCUGGAGGAGCUGGUGGCGGGCGGCCCCGAGGCGCUGCGGGCCUUCCUGCGGCGGGAGCAGCUGCCGCCGUUCCUCUCGGAGCCCGAGGUGCAGGCCAUCGCGCGGGGCGCCCUGCCGCCCGCCGCGGCCCCGGAGCCGGCGGGCGAGCCCUCGCUCGGCGCCUCGCCCGACGCCUCCUCGCUCACCUACUUCCCCGAGCGCUCGGACCUGGAGCCGCCGGCGCUGGAGCUGGGCUGGCCGGGCUUCGCCAGCGGCGCCUUCCGCGGGCUGACGCGGGUGGAGGCGCACUUCCAGCCGGGCUGCGGGGAGAGCCUCUACGGCUGCAAGGAGGCGGUGCGGCGGCAGAUCCGCUCCGCCCGGCAGAUGAUUGCCCUGGUUAUGGAUUCCUUCACAGAUACCGAUAUCUUCAAAGACCUCUUGGAAGCUUGUAGCCAGCGGCAAGUUAAAGCAUAUAUCCUUCUAGAUCAGUCUUCAUUUCCCCACUUUCUAAAAAUGUGCAGGGAUCUGGGAGUUGACCUGGAACAGGAAAAGUUGAUCAGAAUUCGGAAUAUCACAGGGAACACGUACUGCACGAGGUCAGGUGCCAAAAUUGUUGGGAAAGUCCGUGAAAAGUUCAUGUUAAUUGAUGGCAUUAGAGUGACAACAGGCUCCUACAGUUUUACAUGGACAGAUGGGAAGCUGAACAGCAGCAACAUCUUGAUCCUCUCAGGCCCUGCAGUUGCACACUUUGACCUGGAAUUUCGGAUUCUUUAUGCCCGGUCAAAGCCCAUCAACCUCAAAGAGUUAUCCAGCUGCAACAAGAAGAAUAAGGUGUUGGACCAGCUGGUCAGGAUAACAGUAGCUUCCAGAGACUUGACCAGGGACAACUUCCUGAGAAUGGAGUUUUUGUAUCUUAGAGCGUUUGUAGGAAAUCUAAAAAGGAAGCGAAGCUGGCUGCAUGCCUCAAGGGAGGCAGUCUACGUGUCCAAUAAUGCAAUGCAUGCCUCGCCUCCACUGACUAAGAGGAAUGGCUCUCUAGUUAUGAGGCCACCAUGGAUCAUAGAGAGAUGACCUGCACGUUCACUUGGAGCGAGAAGCAGAACCUCAGGAACAGCGUCCAGCGUCCGUGUCAGUACUGGCCUACAGUGUGUUUGUGAGAGCAGCUGGGAAACAAACUCGAACUGCGAGACAGUGAUACUGGAAUUGUGGUUUCGUGUGAAGGCCACUGUAAUGUACUUCAACAGAUACAGUUACGGUAUUGCCUUAGGCUCAGAGGUGUCUUUAAAAAAAAACCAAAACCAACUCUUAUAACACUGGAAAGCCAAUAUUGACUUCUAGUAUUCUGUCAGAUUUUCAUUUUUCCACCUGUUCUUACGUGUUUUAAGCCGAUGGGUUAGCAGUGUCUUAGGUCAGUAGCUCAAACCUUUUUUUUUAUUUUUUUGUUAAGGAAUCUAGGUAUAGAAAAUAAUAUUGCUUAAAGCUCUUCCAAAGAUGAAUAGCAGGACUGCUGCAUGGUUCUGAAAUCAGUCUAAGCUUAGUCUUGUGUUGCACAAAGUCUCCACAAACUGUUUCAUGCCACAGAACUGAACUGGAGUAACCAUAAUCUAGAAACUAGUAGAACAGCACGACGCUACUAGUCCUUGAAUGUUACAUUUUCUUUACAUGAAGCUGUGCUGCUAGGCAGAACGAGCUAAUGUGUCAGGCACACAAGGGUUUUGCAAUGAUUGAAUUUCAAAUUACCUUUUCUUUAGAAUGAUAAGAAUUCUUGGGUUGUUGGACAUCACACAAUAAAUGUGUGCAAGGGAUAAUAUUCCAAAUAACAUACUAUGUAGCAGAGCCAAAUGAGACUGUUUUCUUGGCGUUACUACAUAUAUUGUUUGGUUUCUUUAUGGUUGGUACUGCUGUCUGGUCUUAUGGGAAAAGUUGAGUAGAUCUGAAAUCUGUGAAGCUGCUGCUACUUCUUGAAAGUCUUAUGUCCACCAGACAUGCAAUAACAAGAAAGUUAGAAAUAGAACCAUUUAUUUUUGAGGUUUCAUGCAAGGUUUUUUCUGUGGUUUUUUUUUUUUUAAUCCAUCCAUUUCUGGAGAAAAACAAAGACCCCAAAUGAAUAAACUAUCCUCCCAAACAGUCGUACAUUGAGGCACUGAAGUUCCAGUAACCUGCUGGUGCAGAAACUUGUUAGUCCAACCAUGGCAGCUGUGGCAGAAGCAAAGGUACACCGUUUCUCAAGUUGUUCUUGAGACUCUUGCUACUGCAAAAAACUCAGGGAUAUGCUUGCACAAGUGCCUUGGGGGUGCUGGGCUUCAAAGGGGAAGGUUAAAACUGAGCUGCGAACUUUCACAGGGGUCUCCGCUGAACACCGGCAAGGUAAUGUUAAGUCAGACAUACAGCGCUUACAGAAGUGGUGUUUAUGGACAACGCACUAACGUACUGAUUAGGAUGCAACUAAUCUGCCCUUUUCUUCUGCGCUUACAAUCAUGGAAAUGUAAUAGCUCUGACUCUCCUACUCUGUAAAUGUUUGAUAGUUCAGAGUUUAAUACUCUUACUUUCAUCCAGAUGUAAAGAAGUUUGAAAUAUGUAUUUUUAUUAACUCCAUUUUCUGUAAACACAAAACCAUACAAUGUUGUACUCUUUGCAAAAUCUGUGCAAUCUUAUUUCCACAAUAAUUAUCUGCAAAUGUUUUCUCAAACAAUGAAGAUAAAAACUUAUAUUUAUCUCAUACUUUAAUAGGCAACUCUUUCCAUGUGCCAUUAGUAGGAAUUUUUCUCAACAGUUGCUAAUAUACUGAUGAUAUAAAAUGCU